AUGAAAAAGAAGAACAAGGAAGACCUGUAUAAGGAAAAUAAACUAGAAGCGUCUAAACUAAGAAUCGCCAUUGUGAGUUCAGAUAAAUGUAAACCAAAAAAAUGCCAUCUUGAAUGUAAAAAAAAUUGCCCAAUAGUGAAAACAGGAAAAUUUUGCAUAGAAGUAGAACACAGUUCAAAAAUUGCAUAUAUCAGUGAGACUUUGUGCAUAGGAUGUGGUAUAUGUGUAAAAAAAUGUCCAUUUUCAGCAAUAACCAUUAUAAAUUUACCAAAAGAUAUAAAUAAAGAUGUAGUUCAUAGGUAUGGGCCGAAUACAUUUAAAUUACAUAGAUUACCUAUACCCAAAUUAGGACAAAUAUUGGGCUUAGUUGGUACGAAUGGAAUUGGAAAAUCAACAGCAUUAAAAAUUUUAUCAUCAAAAUUGAAACCAAAUUUAGGAAAAUUUAAUAAUCCACCAGAAUGGAGAGAUAUAUUAUCUUUUUUUCGAGGAAAUGAAUUACAAAUAUUUUUCACAAAAUUGUUGGAAGAACAAUUGACACCAAUUAUAAAACCACAAAAUGUUGAUUUGAUACCUAAACAGAUUAAAGGAAAUAUUUUAGAAAUUAUUAAUAAAAAAGAUAAGCUAAAUAAAAAAGAUCAAUAUAUGAGUGCCUUAGAAUUGGAUCAUUUAUUAGAUAGAAAUGUAGAAGAUUUAAGUGGUGGAGAAUUACAAAGAUUUGCACUAUUAAUUUCUAUUAUUGGACAAACAACAAAUGUAUAUAUGUUUGAUGAACCAAGUAGUUAUUUAGAUAUUAAACAAAGAAUAUCUAUGGCAAAAAUAAUUCAUAGCUUAGUUAGACAUGAUAAUUAUAUCAUAGUUGUUGAGCAUGAUCUAUCCAUUUUAGAUUAUUUAAGUGAUUAUGUUUGUUGUUUAUGGGGAAAAGCAGGAGCAUAUGGAGUUGUUACAUCUCCAUUUUCUGUACGAGAAGGAAUUAAUGUUUUCUUAGAUGGAUUUGUACCAACAGAUAAUUUAAGAAUACGGGAAGAAUCAUUAAAUUUUAAGCUAGCUACAGAUCAAGAUCUAACAGAAGAUAAAAAAAGACUUCAUUUUUAUAAUUAUCCAACAAUGAAAAAAACAUUAAACAGUUUUACAUUAACAAUUAAUAAAGGAAAAUUCUCAGAAUCAGAAAUUUUUGUUCUAUUAGGACAAAAUGGAAGUGGAAAAAGUACAUUCAUACGACUUUUUGCAGGACUAAUUCAACCAGAUAAUCUAUCUAGUCUAAGUUUCUUAGAAUCAUUAAGUGUUUCUUAUAAACCACAACAAAUACAAGCAAAAUAUACAGGAACUGUUAGACAAUUGCUCAUGUCAAAAUUGAAAGGAUUAUACACAGAUCCAUAUUUUAAUAAUGAAAUUAUUAAACCGUUAAAGAUUGAAGCUAUUAUGGAUAAUCAAGUAUUGACCUUAUCAGGUGGGGAGUUACAAAAAGUUGCAAUUAUUAUAACACUUGCAAAAAAUACCAAUAUUUACCUAAUCGAUGAACCAUCUGCCUAUCUAGAUUCAGAACAGAGAAUUAUUGUCUCAAAAAUUAUUAAGAGAUUCAUACUUAACACUAACAAAACAGCAUUUGUUGUAGAACAUGAUUUUAUUAUGGCUACAUAUCUUGCUGAUCAUGUUAUUGUUUUUGAUGGACAGGCAGGUGUUAAUACUGUUGCAAACACACCACAAACUUUGGUAGCAGGAAUGAAUAAAUUCUUAAAAAUUAUUGAUGUUACAUUUAGACGUGACCCAACCAAUUAUAGACCAAGAAUUAACAAGUACGACAGUGUCAAGGACAAGGAGCAGAAACUUAAUGGCACUUAUUUCAUUAUUGACGAAUGA